AUGAUUUUUGGUACCUUUACCAAGACUGGAGCAAGAUUGUUUACAAGAUAUGAAUUAACAAAUUCAGUAAUGAACAAAGAACGUAUAUCAUUUAGUGCAGCUGUGCUAAUGUCACUUGUUGGAGUUGGAUUAUCGGUGUUUAGCACUAACAAAAUGUUACUUGCCUCUUCAUCCACACGAUCUAUGUUAACCAAGUCUCAGUAA